AUGUCGGAAGAGACACAGAGCCUGACGGGAGCAGUUGGCUUGGCGACAAAAACAGGCGGAUGGAUAAAGAAAGAAGAGGUGAAGACGGCAGUUUCCAGCUAUGAGAACUACCACGAGAGCUUCGGAGGGAGCGACAGCGCGCGCAAGUCCAACUACACGGACAUGGUGAACAAGUACUAUGAUCUGGUAACCAGCUUCUACGAGUACGGUUGGGGCGAGUCGUUCCACUUCGCUCACCGCAUGCGGGGCGAGACGCUACGGGAGAGCAUCAAGCGUCACGAGCACUUCCUGGCUCUCCGGCUAGGACUGGGCCCUGGCAUGAAGGUGCUGGAUGUGGGGUGCGGCAUCGGUGGGCCGUUGAGAGAAAUCGCACUAUUCAGCGGAGCCACGGUGACGGGGCUCAACAACAACGAGUACCAGAUCUCCCGCGGCAAGGUGUUGAACAGGCGGCACCGAGCACUGGAAGCAUGCGGGUUCAUAAAGGCGGACUUCAUGAGCAUCCCCGUGCCUGACGCUUCCUUCGACGCCGUCUAUGCCAUCGAAGCCACUUGCCACGCCCCCGACGCCGUGGGGUGCUACAGCGAGGUGAAGCGAGUGCUGAAGCCAGGGCAGUGCUUUGCGGCGUACGAGUGGUGCCUCACCGAUGCCUACGACCCCAACAACCCCCAGCACCAGGAAGUUAAGAGGGAGGUGGAGCUGGGCAACGGGUUGCCAGACAUCCGCACCACGGCGCAGGUCCGCCAGGCGCUGCUGGACGCCGGCUUUGAGGUGAGCCGGCGUGGUUGCGAGCCGUCCCUGCUGCGAGCCAUAUUCACAGGGGACGAAAUCGCGUGCGGAUCUGACGGAGACAGCGGAGGUGGCGUGGCACGCUCUCCUUGCCUCUUGCCCCAUCACUUCUUCUCCUACACUCUUCCUCCCUUCCCCUCACAGCUGCUGGAGGCAGCAGACCUGACGGAGACAGCGGAGGUGGCCAGACCUGACGGAGACAGCGGAGGUGGCGUGGCACGCUCUCCUUGCCUCUUUCCCCAUCACUUCUUCUCCUACACUCUUCCUCCCUUCCCCUCACAGCUGCUGGAGGCAGCAGACCUGACGGAGACAGCGGAGGUGGCGUGGCACAAGCCGCUGGACCCCAGCUAUUUCUCGCUCUCGCAGUUCAAGCUCACCCGCCUCGGCCGCUUCCUCACCACCACCCUCGUGCGCUCUCCUUGCCCAUGCGUGCAUUAA